UUAGGGAUUGGUUGAACAGGCAGUCAAAAUUCAUUUGGUCGUAAUAUGCCGAUAUCUCAUAUAUAAAUUUUACAACAGAUAUUCUUAAUUAUUGGUUUGAAUAUCCAUCAAUAGGUGGGAAAUUUAAGUCAUGUUCAAAUUAAUUGUACGAACUCUUUUUUAACGGAGGUGAAAAUAGACCUACAGCUAGGCAGGCAUGGCCGGGCUGUCUGCUGUAGCUAAAAAAACACUAGACUGUAAAGAUUUGCACAGCUAUCUCAAGACUCUACCGCCUGACAUUUUGGAUAAUCUAUAUAACCACCCAGCAACAUGUUUGGCGGUUUUCCGCGAGCUGCCAGAGCUAUCCAAGCACUAUGUGAUGAGGAUGUUGUUUGUGGAGCAGGCCGUGUCUCAGACUGUCAUAGCCCUGUGGGUCACCAAUAAACACCAGGAUGAGCACAAGACAUCGGCACGAGUGUUGUCAGAACUGCGGGUAUGGCAGGAACAGAGUGUGGUCGGGGACCUGCCUGGCUGGACACUCAGCCCCACCUUUAGACAGAACAUGAGGGUAGCCCUGUUGGGAGGGGAGAGAGCAUGGAUUGGUGGUGGAGCCUUGGUUCCAGAUAAACAUGCCAAGGACAUCCCAUUCCUGGACAAGUAUGCCUUGGAGAGAUGGGAGUGUGUACUGCACUUCAUGGUAGGGUCGUCCGAGGGCACAGACGGAGUUGGCAAUGACAUCAUAGAUGUUCUUCUUCAUUCCGGUCUCAUGAAGAGUGAGCCUAACGAGCCUCUGCCGUCUAUCACUCCAGCUGGGUUUCAGUUCCUCCUGAUGGACACGUCCUCACAAGUUUGGUACUUCAUGCUACAGUACCUGGAGACCCUAGAGUCUCGUGAGAUGGAUCUUACCCAGUGCCUGUCCUUCCUAUUCCAGCUCAGCUUCUCAACACUUGGCAAGGAUUACUCAACAGAUGGAAUGACGGAACAGCAGUUGAGGUUCCUACAGCAUCUCAGAGAGUUUGGUCUGGUCUAUCAGAGAAAGAGGAAGGCAAUGCGAUACUACCCCUCACGUCUGGCUGUUAACCUGGCGUCGGGAGUAACAAGUCUCAAUACUGAUACCAAUCAACAAGGUUACCUGAUGGUGGAGACAAACUAUCGAGUGUAUGCUUAUACAGAUUCCCCACUGAAGGUUGCCCUGGUAGCUUUAUUCUGCGAAAUGCUAUACAGGUUUCCAAACAUGGCAGUGGGUAACUUAUCCAGAGAGAGUGUCAGGGAGGCACUAGUCCGUGGCAUCCCAGCCGAGCAGAUCAUCAGUUUCCUAAGGAGCCAUGCACACCCAAAGAUGCUGAAACAGAAGCCAGUGCUGCCUCCAACCAUCACAGAUCAGAUUCGUCUGUGGGAGAUGGAACGAGACAGGUUCAAGUUUACAGAUGGUGUACUGUACAGUCAGUUCAAUUCUCAGAGUGACUUUGAACUUCUCAGAGAUUAUGCAAAGGAUCUUGAUGUACUGACGUGGGAAAACCCAUCCAAACGUGUCAUGGUGGUAUCUCGGUCAGGCCACGACGAUGUCCGACGCUUCUGGAUUCGCCAGCGACAGAGCAAUAACUGAUUUUCUGUCGAUAACUCAUUGCAUAAUUGAAGGAAUAGCAAAGGUGCAAAGUACAGGAUUGUUACACCGUGAAUUUUUAGUCAGUACACCUGGAAUAAACGAAUUGGUGACCUGGAGAAGCAGCCUUUUGUAUGACUGGGGAAUUAAACACUUCGUUGUUAGGAGUCAAAGCCUUCCAUCACAGAAGAACAUUUGUGUUAAGAAGAAGUGAGGCAUUCUUGGCUCUCCCCAGAUAGUAUUGGACACUUGGGCUGGAUAGUCAGUUGUCCAUUCGAAAUGUCAAAAUUGGAUCUGUGAAUCUGAGGAUUUGUCGAGCUUGACUCGAUGACUAAAUGACUAAAUGUCUGAACUUGUAGCCCCUAGAUCCUGUGCAGAGCUAGGACAGCGGUCUGAUGCUGUAUUGACCAACAUUAAACUGACAUGGGCUAUGGUUGUACAGCCUAACGGAGAAACAGUACAAGGAACAGGAUCAUUCUAGUGAAUACAGAUUCUGGUGUCGUUAACCUAGCGCCACCCAGCUCGGGUGACACUGCAUGGUCAGGCCCAGUCAUUUAUACAGUGACAGGAUGUUACUGUUAAAACAUAACACUGGAAUAAAAACAUACUGUUUUCUGUUCUGUUAUAAUUGGCAAUACACAUUUCAAAUAUUUUUUUAUACACUCAUUAAAAAAUACCA